AUGGUGGAUUCAGACCGAAUCCAAAACCCAUGGAUGGCGUCGGAACAAACCCCAAUGGAACUCAACAACGCUUCUCCUCCGUUGAAACCAUCAAAUAGUGAUAAAUUAGGGAUUGCUGAACGCGCUUUCUCUGCCGCCGGCGCCGCUGUUCUCUCCGCCGUCAUUGUUAACCCCCUUGAUGUUGCCAAGACAAGGUUGCAAGCACAAGCUGCUGGAGUUGCUUAUUCUCAUCCACUCAGUAAUUUGAUCAGCAGAAUGUCUUGUUUUGGCCCUAAUAUGAUGUUUGCCGAUUUAAGAUGUUCUCCAUCGUGUACCCGGGCGGGAUUCCAUGGCACUGUAUCACUUUGUCCUCCUGAUUGUUUUCGAUACAAAGGAACACUAGAUGUCAUGUAUAAAAUUACUCAACAGGAAGGAUUUACUAGGCUAUGGAGAGGCACUAACGCAGGACUCGCACUUGCAGUACCAACUGUUGGAAUUUACCUUCCUUGUUAUGACAUAUUUCGUAACUGGUUUGAGGAAUACACAGCCAAAAAUGCUCCUGUUGCAACUACAUAUGUACCUUUAGUGGCUGGUUCGUUGGCACGCUCACUGGCUUGUGCAACUUGUUAUCCUAUUGAACUUGCCAAAACUCGCAUGCAGGCAUUUAAAGAGACUCAAAUCGGUAAAAAGCCACCUGGAGUAUACCAAACUUUGCUAGGUGUUGUCUCUAAUGUCAAGGGCACAAGUAAUUCACCAAACAGCUUGCAAGGUUAUCGUGCCCUGUGGACUGGCAUGGGCGCACAGCUUGCUCGUGAUGUACCAUUCUCUGCAAUUUGUUGGUCGACACUUGAGCCAACUAGAAGGAAACUUAUUAGUUUGGUUGGAGGCGAUGAUGCCGGUAUAUUGAGUGUUCUUGGCGCAAAUUUUUCAGCUGGUGUUGUUGCAGGAACUCUAGCGGCUGGAGCUACAUGUCCACUAGAUGUUGCAAAAACUCGAAGACAGAUAGAGAUGGAUCAUGUCAGAGCUUUGAAGAUGACUACUAGACAGACACUGAUCGGGAUUUGGAGAGACGGAGGCUUGAAAGGACUUUUCACUGGUUUUGGUCCGCGAGUUGGUCGAGCUGGCCCCUCUGUUGGAAUUGUGGUUUCGUUUUAUGAAGUUGUGAAGUAUGUCUUAAAUCACCGGAACGUAACAACGUGA